AUGUCGUCGAGGCAAGACCAGCGCGAGGCGAGGGCCGAGGCCGACGCUCGCCGCGCGGCGGACGAGAUCGCGCGCGCGCGGGACGAGCGGGUGAUGCAGGCGGAGAUGGACGCGCGACGCGCGGCGGACGAGAUCGCGCGCGCCCGCGCGGACCGCGAGCACGGCGCACUGGGCGGCGGUGCCUACGCCGAGCACCCGAGCGGCGGCGGCGGCAUCCUGGGGAGCAUGCAGGAGGGCGCCAAGUCCCUGGCCAGCGCGGUCGGCCGCACGUUCGGCGGCGCCAAGGACACCGCCGCCGACAAGACCUACCAGGCGGCGGACGCCACCGGGAACACGAUGGGCGAGUACAAGGACUACACCGCCGAGAAGGCCAAGGAGACCAACGACAGCGUCGCGCACAAGACGAGCGAGACCGCGGAGGCCACCAGGAACAAGCUCGGCGAGGCCAAGGACUGCACCGUCGAGAAGGCGACGGAGGCCAAGGACACCGUGGCGCAGAAGACGAACGAGACCGCUGAGGCUACCAAGAACAAGCUGGGAGAGUACAAGGACGCCUUGGCCGGGAAGACGCAGGAGGCCAAGGACAGCACCAUGCAGAAGGCCCACCAGACGAAGGACGCCGCCGCCGAGAAGGCGAGGCAGGCCAAGGACGUGACACAGCAGAAGGCCGGCGAGUACACGGACGCCACCAAGGGGACCGCGCAGGAAGCCAGGGACAGGUCCAUGGCGACCACGCAGACCCACGAUGCCGAUAGGGGUCAGCAAGGGACCGGUCUGUUCGGGGCGCUGGGCAACAUGACGGGCGCGAUCAAGGAGAAGCUGACGGUUGGCUCGGGCACGCAGCAGCACGACGCCGGAGGGCACGGCCUCCGGCUGGGCAGCGAGGACGAGCGCGCGGUGAAGGAGCGCGCGGCGGAGAAGGCGGCGUCCGUGUACUUCGAGGAGAAGGACCGGCUGGCCAAGGAGCGCGCGGCGGAGCGGGUGGACAAGUGCGUUGAGAAGUGCGUGGAAGGGUGCGUCGGCUCCUCCUGCCGCGGGCGCGUCUUCGGUGCGACGUGCACACGUAUCGCGUUCUCGUGCCAUCCAUGCCGUCACUCCGAGCAUGGCGGCGACAAUAAACUUUUAACUCCUAGUGGAGCUCCAGUAGAACCUUCGUUUUCAAUUUCCUUUUUACUUUUUUUGAGGAUCAAGUUCCUUUUACUACUGCCUUUGUCUAAGUAG